UCAGCCAGACCCAACUCUAUGAAAUGGCUGGCUCCGAUUUGCCCUGCUGGCUGACCAAGGAUUACCUGCAAACUCAGCUGAGGGCUUACCACAAGGAUCCCCAGUUGAAUGUACGCAAAUUGUGGUCGAAUGCAGCCGUGGGCAAGGGGCAAAACUAUGUGGGCGUGGUGACGCGCAUUCAUGUGGAAUACGAGCUGACGGGCGGUGCAGUGGAGCAGCGCACGUACUUCCUAAAGGAAGGCUGCCCGGACGAUGCUCCCCAGGCGGGCAUGUUUGCCGAGUACGGCGUAUACACUCGCGAGAUGGAUAUGUACGAGUUCAUCCUGCCCAGGAUGCAGCAGCUGCUGCGAGAGGUGGGCAUCGAGGACAAGCUGCACGCGCAUGCCGUUUGCAUCGAUAGGGAGCAUGGCAUCAUGCUGCUGGAGGACCUAACUCCGCUCAGGUACCAGAACGCGGAUCGUGUGAAGCAGCUGGAUCUGCCACACACUCAGCUCACGCUGCAAAUGCUGGCCAAGUUCCAUGCCGCUGCGCUGAUGCUGAGGCAACAGCAGCCCGAGCUGUUCGCUCAGGGCUUCACCACCAGCUUCUUCAGUCGCGGACCUCAGGGGUACUCAAAGGUAUUCACGAACCUAUUUAAGGGGCUGAUGCGCUACGUCAAGACGCAGCCCAAGCUAGCUGCUUGCUACUAUGGCAAGCUGGAGCGUCUAUUGGUCAAUCUCAUGGAGUAUGCCGCGCGUGUGUUCGAUGUGACAGACGACGAUUUCCAGGUCCUAACUCACGGUGACUGCUGGACAACGAAUAUUAUGUUCCAAUACGAUGCGAACGAGCAGCCAAUCGCAGUGCUGCCCAUAGACUUUCAGUUCAGCACCCUCGGCCCUCCAGUCUUGGACCUUCACUACUUUUUCUGCACCUCGCUGCGGGAGGAGGUGCUGGCCAGAGAAACGGAGCUGGUUCAGUAUUAUUAUUAUGCCCUGAAGCGUGCUUUGGGCCAGUUUAACUACGAGGGCAAGGUACCCAGUCUGAUGGAGCUCCAACUGCAGUUCGAGCGACGCAGAUUCCUCUGCGUCAUAAUAGGUUUGGUCUUUCAACCUCUCAUGAUUUACAACGGCAACGACUGUCCAGACUUUUGUAAACUGUACAUGGACACGCCCGAGGCAAUUAGUUUCCAGGACUCGGUAUACGAGGGAGUCAGAGCACAGCGUAUUGUUGCGAAAUUGCUGCCGUUCUUCGAUGCCAGGGGGCUGCUCGAUGAGCAGUAAAAGU